GUAGGACCCGCUCUGCGCUGAUCCGGAUCAGCAGACCCUCAAACUGAAGCAGGACCGGAGGACCGGGGCUGCAGAUCCAUGUCCAGGAAGUCUUCUAGAGGAAAUCGUCAGUCUUCAUGCCUUCAGUGCAUCAUGGGACCUGCAGUUCUCCCGGGGCUUCUCCUGUCCCUGCUGACAUCAUCAGUGUGCUCUGAAGUGGGCGGGGCCAUUCCAGGCAGUCAGGGGGUUGGACUGCUGUGCCCUCUACAGUGUGUGUGUGAGACGAGGCCCUGGUACACCCCUCAGUCCGUGUAUCACCAGGCCAGGACGGUCGACUGUAAUGAGCUCCAUGUACCGAGAGUUCCAGCCAACAUUUCUGCUGACACACAGGUGCUGCUGUUGCAGAGCAACAACAUCUCCUCUAUCACUUCUGAGCUUGAGAGUCUGACCAACCUGACGGAGUUGGACCUGUCGCAGAACCACUUUACCCAGGUUUGCUCCAUGGGUCUCUCGUCUUUGAGCCGCCUGGUGACUCUGUACCUGGAGGAGAAUCACAUUGAAGAGUUGGAAGACUAUUCUCUGAAGAACCUCUCAAGUCUGGAAGAGCUCUACAUCAACCACAACCGCAUCUCCUCCAUCGGACCCAAAGCCUUUGCCGGUCUCACCAACCUGCUGCGACUCCAUUUAAACUCCAACCGUCUGGUGGCGAUUGACAGUCACUGGUUCGAUUCCCUGCCAUCCUUGGAGAUCCUGAUGAUCGGCGAGAACCCCAUCCUGGGCCUGGAGGAGAAGAACUUCCUGCCUCUGUCCCGCCUCCACAGCCUGGUCCUGGCUGGAAUGGGACUGGCCUCUGUCCCUCCUGCUGCCUUCACGGGCCUCGACUACCUUGAGAGUCUCUCCUUCUAUGACAACCAGCUCAGGUCAGUCCCUCGGGAUGCUAUGAGCGUGCUCCCGAACCUGAAGUUCCUGGACCUGAACAAGAACCCGAUCAGCCGAAUCCAAAAGGGAGAUUUCCAGAACCUUCAGCAUUUGGAGGAGCUCAGUUUGAACAACAUGGAAGAUCUGCUGAUGGUGGAGCAAGAAGCUUUCCAGAACCUUCCAGAAAUUGCCAAACUGGAGAUCUGCAACAACCCUCAACUGUCCUACAUCGACCCACAUGCCUUCAGUGACCUGUCCUCUCUCCGGACCCUCCUCCUCUAUAAUAACCAGCUCAGUCUCCUCUCCGAUGACAUCUUGUCCUCCCUCCCGUCUCUGGAGGAGUUGUCCCUGCACUCCAACCCCCUGCGCUGUGACUGUCUCUCCUCCUGGGCGCCUCACCUCGGCAACCAGUCACACCUCAAGCUGCAGGAGUCCUCCAUCACCCUAUGCUCCUCCCCCUCGCACCUGAUUGACCGGAAACUACAGGAGGUGGUGGCCGGAUGGGGUGGGGGCGGAGCCAACAGCUGCCUGCCUCACAUCUCUCCUCACGCUUUCCCACCAACCAUGAACAUCACUGCAGGGCAGCCAAUCACACUGGAGUGCUGGGCAGAUGCUGACCCUACCCCCCAGUUUUACUGGGUGACGCCAACUGGAGACAAGGUGAGCUCUGAGGCAGAGGCCGCACCUAUCAUAUCACAGGAGGGGCGUGGCCUGAGCACCAGGAAGAAGAAGCAUCGCAUGUUGGAACCUGGCGUGUUGGUGAUUGAACAUGCUGAACCAUCAGAUGCGGGUAUGUACACUUGUGUGGCGUGGAAUUUGGAGGGAGCAGACACCAAGAGUGUGUCUGUGUUUGUGGACUCUCGGGGUUCUGGAAGGGGGAGUUGGUGGGAAGAUGAGCCUAGCAGAGAGCAGCUCUGGAUGGGGAACUGGUCCAGCUCUGAAGCCUCUCUGGUGGUCCUCGCUAAGGUGGUGCACGCUCAGUCAUUGGUGUUGGAGUGGAAGUUGUAUCCCAGUAAAGGACAGUACCAGCAUGAUGUUCCCCUCCCCCUCCCUUGGUGGACCAGUGCCACCGUCCACAUUGACAACCCUCAGAUAAGCUACACUGCCAAGGUUCCAGCUGACGUUCAGGAGUACAAUCUGACGCACCUCAUUCCUGCAACAGAGUACCAUAUCUGCCUCACCCUCUCCUCUACCUCCUCCUCCAUUUCCCCUCCUAGCUCCUCCCCCACCUCUCUUCCCUCCCCACCCUUCUCCUCCACUGCUGCCCACACCACUUGCCUGAACAUCACCACCAAAGAGGCGGGUUUCUCAGUGGAGCUAGUGGCAUCGCGGCGCAACAGCGUGGCGCUGGCCGCCGUCAUGGGCUCCAUGUUUGCGCUGUCCAUCAUGGCGCUGCUGGUGGUAUACAUGGGCCGCCGCGUGCAACACCACAAGUCCUGCGGACACUCGCUAAAAAAGUACAUGCAGCACGCCACCUCCAUCCCCCUGAACGAGCUGUACCCACCGCUCAUCACGCUGUGGGAAAGUGAGGCAGAGAAGGACAAAGAUGAUAAAGAGGAGGAGGAGGCUAGGGAGGGAGAAGGCAGGAUGGAGGACACAGCAGGGUGUAGUCAGAUCAACACCUCUAAGACGUACAUGUGGUAACCAGACCGGGGAAGUGGUUGAAGUGGAGGAAGAGCAGCAAGACGGAAGAAUGAUACCCAAAACAAAGUCAUGUGACUCAGUGAGGAGCCUGACAGACAAACUGAAGGGGAAAAUUACCACAGUCACUGCUGACUGGGGAGGUCAGUGUUCUAACCUGUCUCACAGAUGCUGAUCAACCUGCUGAAUUUUGGUCAUCAUUUUUCCUUCUUUGUUUUUAUCAGAAGCCUGAUUGAUCCCCUUUUCCAGCAGAGUCAGAGUCUCUGAAAUCUCUUCGAUCCCAAAAUUCCUCACUUCCUUCACUCACACAUCAAUUCCUCACAUCCUUCCAGUGAGGACAGAGAUAUUGACAUUUUUGAAUGAGAAAUUCAAGAUCACCCUGUGUGUCCUAUAUCCCUAUUUCCUUAUGUUCUCAGAUACAAAAUAGUGAAGAAAGUUUCGAGAUCUGGGGAUCAUGCAGGGAUUUGAAAGAGGAUAAAAUCAGAUCCUGGGUGAACAAUGACAAGAAAGAGGAUUUGUGAAUUCUGGCCUAAAACUUGGGGAAAAAAUAGUUUGUUUAUUAUGUAUGUUUCUGACGUUUGUAUUGACAGACGUAACAAGCUCAAACAGGACGACUUGUCCUCCAGCAGCACCUGAAGAGACUUCUCAGAUCGCCUCACCUGUACUUGUGUGGCACUCUGAAAGCAACUGCACUGGUAAACAUCAGAUUGUUGUCAUAUUCCACAUGAUGGACAAGAACGCAGCAUGAACACGCAGCACUGGGAGCUGCAUGUGCCACUGUAAACAUCCUCAGAGGAGAUUAAAGGUCUCUUAUUCCGGUCUGCGAGCUUAUCGCGGCUCACCCCUUUCCCAUGAGACUUUUGAACCAAAAAUAGCUUUAAAAAAAGAAAGGAUUUAUGUAUUUUCAAAGAUUUUAGACACACCUGCCAAAACAGGCCGUUAAAUCUUUCUUUUUAUGUCCAAGGCUAGUACGUUUUGACACCAUGAGGGGACGACUGUAGGAAUUUUAAGCUUUUUCUUAUUGCACUCACACGCAUUAGUUGGUGUUAGAUGGUAUUAGUGGGUAAUAACUAGUGUUAGUGGAUGUUGGCAUUUUUUUGGCAACAUUUGUUAGUGUUUCCUUGUGUUAGCACAUGUUAGCAGGUGUUAGCUACUAUUAGCUGGAGUCAACUGGAUUUUGGUGGUUUUGGUGUAGGAUGUUGGCAGGAGUUCACUAAUGUUAGCAGGAGGUAGCGGGUGUUAGCAGGAGUUAGCAGGAGUUAGUAGAUCCUAACUGAUUAUUUUCGCUCGUGGUAGCUGGUAGAUCCGGGCAAUUGAUUGAAAACAAAUUGAAAUGGACAGUCAUAACGUAUAACUAAUGUAGUCUAGCCCAUUUCAAAUAUCUUUUUUUUCCCCUUUAAUUUAAUUUAAUUAUUUUUCCUGUAUUUUUUUCUUUAAUUCUGUUAUUACUUGUUAUUGCAUGUGUAGUCAUGUGGUAUUUCAAUGGUUUAUCCAUUUUAGAUGAGCAUAUUUAAAGCAAAAACCUUGUAAGUGAUCUGUGAGGGCAAUAAAAAGUAAAAAAAAAACUAAUUAAAUAAUUGGGUAAAAUGUUCAAUCGUGACAUUGAUUUGAGGGUUAGCCCUCAUCAUGGGUUUUUAACCAGUGGGAAAUAGUCUUGACUGACCUUCACACCUGAUACUGAAGCUUUUAGUACUUCUCAGUGCUUUAAGACGCUUUUGUUGUUGUUUUCUGGACCACAAGGAACUUUAAUGGAGCCCUAAAUAAAAUGAUGAGUGAGAAUAGGAGACCUUUAAUCCUCCUGAACAUGGCACCGCUCGACACAUCAUCCUCUUCAGCGGCAUGAACGCAUCACUGUGAUCUUCACUGUUCCAACACCUUUGCUGCAGCGUUGUUGUUUGUGCGCAUCCCUCCAUCCUCUGGGUUUACUGCUGCAUACCUUUGCACUCAAGUUUUAGACUGUUUUUUCUGCAAUCAGGUCUGUGUGAAAACCUUGCAAACUGUUGGCUCCAAAAUGAUGACGUAAAUGUUCUGUUUUCACCAAAGAGAAAUGUGUUGCCUCGUAACACCACCUUGAAUUGUUAACGCUCAGCCUUGAGGCUUCUUCAGGACCAAACUGAAUGACUGAACCUCAAAGGACAAAAUACUUCCAGAAUCAAUUGUUUUCAACGGAAGUCAUUUCUUAUUCUGUGCUGCAUUUUUGUCCUGAACAAACGUGAGCAACCCUGCAUUUAAACCUGUUUUUAUUGAAAAAGAAAUAUCUACAGACCGUAAUGGAUCUCAACAUUUGUGAUCUCAGAUGAACAGCAAGAUAAGACAGAAUCUUUUUUUUUUUUUCACAAAAAUGAAGGCAAAAAGACCAAACAUAUGGGUAAUACUAAGUACCCCCAUGAUGCAGCUACUCUUAGAAUUACAGGGGUACCUGAAUUACUGGUUUACACCUUUUAUCACCUAUCAAAUGGUUCUGGAGGGGUUUUGGUUUUUGGACAUUCACAUCUACACACAUCACAUCUGUUGGAGGGAUGCCGGUCCAGACCAGCAUCCCUCCAACACCGUGGUCUCCCGUGGGUGUGAGUUGGUUCUGGUGGUUUCCUCCAAACACGGCUAUGGACAGGAAGACCAAACAGGUCCACGUUGGUCUCAUGUGUCCAGGGGACAUGGUUCCAGGGGUCUGCUGGUCUGUUCAGAUGCAGGUUUGUGGACCUCAGUCCUACUUCCAUGAUCUUUCGACAGGAGAGGUUUCCUCCUGGAUGCUCUUCCAGACAACUCGUCCCGGUCCAGUUUUCUUCUGAUGGUGCUGUCCUCGACUUUCACGUCUAACAUGCUCAGCGAGGCCUGGAGGCUCCGCGAUGAAGCUCUUUGGGGUUUUGUUCUAUUUUGUUGGUGCUUUGAUGAGCUGACUAUGGAGCACAUUGGUACGUCCACCCCUGAAAACUAAAUGUUUGGAAUGUUUUCCACUUGUAAAUACUCUUUCUCACCGUUAAAAAUGGAACUCCCACAUUGAUGUGCACCAUCCAUUGCCGCCCAAAGAUCAUUGCUGAUGUCUUCCUGGCAUUGUGUUAACACACACCUGAAUGUUCCAGACCAGCAAUCGGCAGCUUACCCUCUCGUGGAAACAGUGGUACUUUGUUUUAAUUUACAUUUCCAGCUGUAAACUGGGGUAAAGUGCUGGAAUUAUGGAAACAAAGACAGUUGCAUUGGAAGCAGGUGGCAGGGUCAUGUAACCAGUGGGGCUGCUGGUAAUUGGCUAGCAGUUGGUUUGAUUGGUCUGCACUCUGAGCUCAGAUUCUUAGAUCAGAUUUCACCCGGUGAAGUGUGGAGUUAGAUUGGACAUCAACCAUAAAGUCCCCAGGUCUGAGGGGCGUCGACAAGCCAAUGUAAAUACAAGCGAAUAGGCUUAGGAGUCAAAUGAAACUCCAGUCACAGAUUAGCCUCGCCCAUGCAUCUACCCUCAUGACAGUAGCCAGUAACAGCAGAGUGAGCGCAGAGCAGGGGGAAAGGGGGGAGUAACAUGUCGCUCACCACAGCACACAGGAAUCUGAAUGCUCUAAGAGAGCCAGGGAAAUGUGAAUUAAUCACAUCAUAUGGCAGACUUGAAGGAAAAGCACUGCAUGUUCACUGGCAUCCUUCGUUUAGCAUGUUGGAUUCACAGUUUGCGGGUUUAAUCAUUCAGACGAACGUUCCCUCAACCGCUCAACACUCCAGGAACCCGAAGGACCCGUCGGACCUUUGUCAGACGAGGCGCUCAGAAAGAGGCUCUGCAGAAACUGGAGCUUUAAAAGCACACUUUGAUUUGACAGGAACCCUCAGACCUUCAGCAGCGUUGGUAGCGCCCCCUGGUGUCAGGAACCAGACACAUCCCAGCUCUCCACCGAGCACCGCUGUCAUGUCCAGGGUAUUUUCUAUCAAGUGAUUCACUCUAUAUUUGAAAAAUUGCUUAUAUUAAUAUUGUUAUUUAUUCAACACUGAGCACCAGCUGAAAAGAUGUGUGUGUGUGUGUGUGUGUGUGUGUGUGUGUGUGUGUGUGUGUGUGUGUGUGUGUGUGUGUGUGUGUGUGUGUGUGUGUGUGUGAGUGCGUGUG